GUGCCGUCAUGGUAUGCAACGAGAACAAGGAGGAACCAGUAGAACAUAGGUGGAAGUGGGGCGUCGAGGAGAUUGCAGUAGUGGACCAGUACACAUACCUCGGAGUAGAGUCGCAAAAGACUGCUCGUGGAAUGCACACAUGACCAAGGUAGCGCAAAAGGGCAAAGCACGAGUAGGGAAGCUGCACCCCAUACUCGCAAACCGGCACCUCGAUACACGCAUCAAAUUGACGGUUUUGAAGAGCGUAAUCGUACCGCCGCUAGAGUACGCCGGAGAAGUAUGGGAAGGAAAUAAGAAGGUAGUGAAAGAACUCGAGGGGGCGCAUAUAAUAGCAGCGAAAAUCAUCCUAGGAUGCUCCAAGCGCACAAGUAAUGCAGCCGUGAGGGCAGAAUUGGGGAUCCAAUCCCUACGGUCGGGAAGAGACGCGAGGAAGCUGACAUGGCAGUAUCGCAUGUGCGGGAUGGGAGAGGAGGGGUUGCCGAGAUUUGUAUGGGAGGCGAAGUAGGCAAACACAAGGAGGGGUAGACAACCCACGGUAUGGGUCAAGGUUGUAGAGGACGUAUGGAAGGGGCUCGACACGGACGAAGAUGAAACGCCGGAAACGGAGGGUCUACAGGGGUUCAAGGAGAAGGUACCUGUUGCUUGUUCCGAGAGAGAACAGAAUCUGAGGAAAGAAAAAUCCAAGGAUAAGGAGGGUCUAGAAGUGUACGGAAUGUUGAAGGAAGGAAUAGGGUUCAAGGACUACCUACAUGGACCAAUGGAUGCAGGAACAAAGCUUAAGGUCAAAUUCAGGACCGGGGACAUAGGCCUUCGAGAACGUCGACGAAGACAUCGGACGGUAGACGACGAAGACGACGAGUUCACAUGCGAUAGCGGCUUCGAAUGCUAAGACCGUGUUCAUGUAGUCGAGGAAUGUCCGUUGUACAAGGAGAGGGAAGUGUACGUGAUUGAGCUGGGAAAAAUAGAUGGAACGUACAGGGAGAUGUUUGAGGCAUGGAAUAGAGAGGAAAGGACGGUAGCUGUAGUGGGGCAUAGGAGGUGGGUUGAAAAGGCGGGAAGGGAUAUCGUUAGGAUCGACAGACUAGGGAAGACAUUUUUGAGCCACCUUUGGUGAAGUAG